AUGAUCCAGGGGAAGCGCGUUGGGGUGUUUAUUGCGCUGGCAACUAUCCUUAGCUUGUUGAUUUAUUAUCGGGCGACCAGUUCUGCCAUUACCAUCCGAUCACUACGCAGCACGGUUCCGCAAGUGGUUGGUUUGGGAGAUUUCUUCGAUGCGGACGGUGAAUCGGUCCAGGAACCAGUCCAGCUAGGGUCUCGACCGGAGGACUAUCAACCUUUUCAUCCUCCAGAAGAUGGCUCCCCCUCCAAAUCCAACGAACCCGCCACUUUUGGAAAUCCGUCGCCAGGCGCGAAGACUUUCACACGCAAUCUCGUCAUGGCCAGAACGAAGGCGGAAAACGUGAGCUGGCUCGACACGGUCGAUCUGGGUCCGAACAUCAACAGGAUGAUUUAUGUUGCGGACGACCCCAAGGCUCCCUUGCACCCACCAAAGAAUAAGGGUCAUGAAGUGAUGAACUAUUUGACCUACAUCAUCGACUUCUACGACAAUCUUCCAGACGUCAGCAUCUUCAUGCACUCUCACCAGUUUGCGUGGCACAAUGACGACCUAUUAAACUUCGACGCGGGCGAGAUGAUCAAGCGUCUCAGCAGCGAAAGAGUUCAACGUCAAGGAUAUAUGAACAUGCGGUGCCACUGGGUGCCCGGCUGUCCCGAAUGGAUCCACCCAGGCCAGAUUGAGCCUGACCGGGAGAAGCUGGAGCAGUCACUGAUGGCCGAUGCGUGGGCUGAAUUGUUCCCCGGCAAGGAAAUCCCCGGUGUGCUUGCCCAGCCUUGUUGUUCACAAUUUGCGCUUAGUCGAGAUAAAAUCCAGGAGCUCCCUAAGGAAACAUAUUCACACUUUCGAGAUUGGCUGUUACGGUCGGAACACCGCGAUACGAUGAGCGGGAGAAUCUUCGAGUACCUCUGGCAGGUCAUUUUUACAGAUCAGAACACCUUUUGUCCAAACCAGCGGACGUGCUACUGUGACGGCUUCGGUGUUUGCUUUGAGACUGACGAGACGUACGACAAAUGGUUCGAAAUCCGAUAUUAUAAGCAACAAGCCGAGACGGAGCUGAGGGAGUGGCAAGAAGCAGCCGACAAGAUCGAAGAAUAUAGGCACAAUGGGAAACUGCAGGAGAUCGAGGCGGGCGAGCUAAAAGUGCCCGAGUAUGGCAAGAAUGAAAAGCUUGCUGCUAAAAUACGAGAGUACGAGGCUGAUCUCGAACAACGGCGCUUAGGGGCUCUCCAGAGGGGCGUCGACGCCAGAAUCAGAGCCGAGAGUGACGGAAGACCAUGGAGCGAGGGUGACGGGUAUUAA